AUGGGCGGGGGCGGUAAGGAGCUGGUGCUGAUGGAGGUACCUGAAGAUCGAGCCGGGGAGAGGCAGGACACCCGCUCCCCGGGCCCCCCAGCGCGCGCGCGGGGGAGGGCGCGGGCUGGACCGCGAGCUCCGGGUCCCGCAGGACGCUCUCUGUGCGGAGUUUGGGGAGGGCCGAGGGGGAGCGCGCGGGGGAGGAGGGAGCGGGAGGGGAGGGAGAGAGGGAGGGAGGCGGGCAGAGCGCAGUGCAGCGGCGGCAGAGGCGACGGCGGUGGGAGGGAGGCCGACGGGCGGGCGGCGGCGGGGCGGCGGGGCGAGGCAAGCGCGGGGCAGCGGCGGCAGAGGAGCCGCAGCCGCAGCGGGGCCGGGCCGGGCCGGGCGCGCACCAGCGGCAGCGGCAGCGGCAGCAUCUCGCUUGCGGAGCCGGCGCAGGCUUCCCUGGAGUGUGGACUGAGGACGGCCCAGGAGACAGAGCUGAACUUCGUCACCCAGCCCCCAGAGGCGGCAAGACAUGGGCCCCAUUUUCCAAACCCUGAUGCCUUUCAUUUAACCAGAAGACGUGGAUGGGAUGAGAACACGGAGACCCAGAAAGAAGUAGCUACCAGCCAGGAGUUGGGAGAUCCAGGGUGCAACUCAGAGAUUCUGAGCUCACUUCCUACUUACCCCACCCAGCCUGCACCAAGGAAGAUGAGGGAGUCCAGAGCCAAACAGGGGGAGGAGGAGACAGGCAGACGGGCCACGUGCCUCUGUCCUCAGCCCUUGGAGAUCACCCAGAUCUCUCGCCUCACUGAAGUUCUGUUUCUUGCUCAAGCACUUUGGGACCAACCAGAUUGUUUCCAAACACAUUACAUAAUCGUGCACAUAUUUAUUUAAUGCCAUCUCUUGAAUAUUAAACAAUCAAUAAUGCGGA